UACACACAAGUUCCUCUUCUCUGCAUAUAACGUGAAGUAUCUGCUCUCUUCCUUCCUCCUACCAUUUUCAUGCAAGACCCGGGCAAGAAACGCGGUCUCUGGCCGAAAGGAGAAUUCAUGAAAAGCUUGAGAUGGGCCUGUCGAGUUCCAAAAAUCCUCAAGUCAAGCAAGCCCAAAUUCUUCUUCUGGGGCUGGACUCUGCUGGGAAGUCCACCGUCCUGUACAAAUUAAAGCUUGCUCAGGAUAUCGUGACCAUGCCCACGGUAGGGUUCAACGUGGAGAUGCUGGAGCUGGGGAAGGGUCUUUCCUUCACGGUGUGGGAUGUCGGAGGCCAGGAGAAAAUGCGGGCCGUGUGGGACUGCUACUGUGAGCGUGCCGAUGGGCUGGUGUACGUUGUGGACAGCACGGACCGACAGCGACUGGAAGACUCCAGGAGGGAGUUUGAGCGCCUUCUGCAGAACGAACACAUCAAAAAUGUGCCGGUGGUCCUGUUAGCCAAUAAACAGGAUAAGCCGGGGGCUCUGACCGCGGAGGACGUCACCCGGCUGUUCAAGGUGAAGAAGCUCUGCUGGGACCGGAACUGGUACGUGCAGCCCUGCUGCGCCACCACCGGGGAUGGGCUGGCCGAGGGCUUCAGGAAGCUGACCGAGUUCGUGAAGAGCCACAUGAAAUCACGAGCAGACACGUUCGCCUUCUUCAAGCAGCACUGAGGUCCAAGCAGGGGAAGACG